AUGGCUUCAACGGAUGUCCAGCGACACUCUCGCCGGAGCAAAUCUUUCACGUUCUCAGACUCGAUAUCCGAUGAUUCUUCUGUCACAACUCCUAUCCCAUCCACUCCAAUUCGAUAUCUCGGUAUCCCCUUUUCUUGGGAGCAAUUCCCCGGAAUCCCGAAAAAGAACACAUACAAGAAAAGCAAUUUAACUCAGCAUCUCCUCCCCCUGCCGCCAUCCAGUCACGCCCCCCAUCAGUCGCCGACGAUGAAGAAGAGUAGCAGCAGUCAGAAUUUCAGAAAAGACCCGUUUUUUGCAGCCUUCAUCGAGUGUUCCAAAGAUAAAGAAUUCGAGGUCAAUGGUUUAAGAAAGAGCUCAAAGCUUCCAUCCGUUGACCGAUCUGGAUUUGUGGUGAGUAUGUAUUCUUCAUGUAAAAGAACGUGUGCUGUUUCUGAAUCUAUUGUUUUCCGGCGGCGAUCGUCUACAUGUUAUUUGUAA